ACAGCGCAUUCAGUAUAGGGAGAAGCAGGGACUCACUAUGAGGGGGAACUUUGUUUCUAUGAAACUUAGGAAUAUUUGCAAAAUAUAGUAAAAAUUAUCAAUAUCCCUCGUGAAUCCAUAACCUGCCCCUAGGGUUUGAGGUUUUUAGUUUAGUCCGCCCGGAAAGGGCUUCUACACUCACUAUUCUUACACUUUUUUGAAAGAAUGUGGGAGACAGACAGUUAGCCAGCUAGCUAGCUAGCUGAGAGGUGAUACAGGCGGCAGGAGAACAAAAGAAUUUUUUUGCGUUUUGGCCGGUUGUACUGACACCAAGUCCAUGCAGAACGUGUCAUUACCAUCACAAUGCCCGUUUUACUUUUUCUGAUAGACACGUCCGCUUCAAUGAACCAGCGCACCCAUCUGGGCACUACCUAUCUGGACAUAGCAAAAGGCGCUGUUGAGACUUUUAUGAAGCUCAGAGGCAGAGACCCGGCCAGCCGAGGGGACCGGUACAUGUUGGUAAAUUUUGAAGACGUUCCGUUCGGGAUCAAGGCUGGAUGGAAAGAGAGCCACGCCACGUUCAUGACAGAGCUGAGGAACCUCCAGGCAACCGGACUCACGUCUAUUGGCCAGUCCUUGAGGACCGCUUUUGAUUUACUCAAUCUCAAUAGAUUAGUGACUGGGAUAGACAACUAUGGACAGGGGAGGAAUCCCUUUUUCCUCGAGCCUGCCAUCAUCAUCGCCAUCAGCGACGGCAACAAGUUGACCAGCGGCGGCGGGGUCCAAGACGAGCUCCACCUGCCUCUAACUACUCCGCUGCCAGGUAGCGAGCUGACCAAGGAGCCCUUCCGCUGGGACCAACGUCUGUUCGCUCUGGUGCUGCGUAUCCCUGGCAACGCCUCGGUUGAGCCCGAACCCCUCGGUGGUGUCCCACCUGAUGAUUCUCCCAUCACCCCCAUGUGUGAGGUCACUGGAGGCCGUUCCUACAGUGUGUUCUCUCAGCGCAUGUUGAAUCAGUGUCUGGAGUCGCUGGUGCAGAAGAUCCAGAGCGGAGUGGUGAUCAACUUUGAGAAAACAGGGCCUGACCCGCCUCCUUUAGAGGAUGCCCCAGCUGAAGUGCUGAAGUCUGGUGCACAGCCGUGGCAUUGUUGUCACAAGUUGAUCUACGUACGACCCAACCCUAAAACCGGUGUACCCAUCGGUCACUGGCCAAUCCCUGAGGCUUUCUGGCCGGACCAGAACUCUCCAACGCUGCCCCCGCGCUCAGCCCACCCACAUGUCCGUUUCUCCUGUCUGGACGCGGAGCCCAUGGUGAUAGACAAGGUACCCUUCGACAAGUAUGAGCUGGAGCCGUCGCCUCUCACACAGUACAUCCUGGAGAGGAAGUCCCCACACACCUGCUGGCAGGUGUUUGUAUGUAACAGUGCCAAGUACAGUGACAUGGGCCAACCGUUUGGCUACUUAAAGGCCAGCACAGCUCUGAACUGCGUCAACCUGUUUGUGAUGCCCUACAACUACCCCGUGCUUCUGCCACUUCUGGACGACUUGAUCAAAGUGCACAAGUUCAAGCCCACCAUUAAAUGGCGUCAGUCCUUUGAGAACUACUUGAAGACCAUGCCUCCAUACUAUAUCGGGUCCCUGAGGAAGGCUCUCAGAAUCAUGGGAGCGCCAAACCUGCUGGCCGACAACAUGGAGUACGGCCUGAGCUACAGCGUGGUGUCCUACCUGAAGAAGCUCAGCCAACAGUCAAAAAUAGAGUAUGACCGCCUGAUUGCCCUGAUUGGUAAAAAGCCUCCACCAGAAGCUGGCAUCAAGGUUCGCUGGCGGGGCGGUGGUAUUUCUCUGGCCCAGCGCCGGGACUUCAUCCAGCAGCUGCAGAGUCUCUCAGGAGAAGGUCCUGCUCUGCCCAUGGAGCUCAACCCCAAAGAGUUCCAGGGCUUCCACUUGGCGCUGCUCAACAAGGGCUUAAAGCCACAGAGUUUUAGAAAUCCCUACGACAUCCCCCGCAGCCACCUGCUGGACCAGCUCAGCAGAAUGAGGAGGAACCUGCUCAACACCAGCGUCUGUAACCUCAGAGGGCAGGACUCAGACCAGCUCCACAGUGUGCCAAUAGCCCAGAUGGGCAACUACCAAGACUUCCUCAAAGCUGCUCCUCAGCCUCUUCGAGACGCCGACCCUGAGCAGCCCAAACGUCUGCACACGUUCGGCAACCCCUUCAAACUAGACAAGAAGGGCAUGAUGAUCGACGAGGCAGAUGAGUUUGUGACGGGCCCUCAGAACAAGGGGAAGAGACCAGGAGACAGCAACAACAUGACGGGUGGAGGACCCAAGCGACGGCGCUGCAUGUCUCCUUUGCUCCGUCUGGGCCGGGCCUACACCCCUCCAGUAACACCUCCCGCCAGCCCUCGACCACCAUCAGCUGAAGACAUGGACAUGAGUGACGGAGCACCUGAACCAGACCUGAUCAUAAACCACCUGAAUGAGAACCACUACGGCUCAGACAGCUUGGAGGAGGAUCCUCCUUCGGGACCUGCUGACCGCCAGGAGAACCACAUGGCCACAGACCACCAGGACCUCCUGCACAGGGACGAGGAGGAGAACGGGCAACCCCAGGUGGAAGAGCUGCUGCCGGGCUGCGAGGGAGGAGCAGUGGUGGUGCUGGGGGAGGAUCAGCCGCCUCGCUACCUGUCACCUGCAGCUCUGAAGAAGCACAUUCACACUGAGACGACAAAGGUCAACAACGAGCUGCGGGCGCUCAUCACCAAGGAGAUCAGAAAACCCGGCAGACACUAUGAGAAGAUCUUCCUCCUCCUGAAGCAGAUCCAGGGCACGCUGGACACCCGACUCAUCUUCCUCCAAAACAUCAUCAAAGAGGCGGCCAGGUUCAAGAAGCGUGUUCUCAUCGAGCAGCUUGAGAACUUCCUGGAAGAGAUCCAUAACAGAUCCAACAACAUGAACCUCGUGGACCCGCUCUGAGAACGGCUCAUUCCCAAACUGAACUCACUGAUAAUGUACCCAUCAACCCUCCACACCCUUCUCAACCCGCCCCUCCUGUACUGGGGCCAUGACGAGACGGGCCAAGCCUGCAUCCAGCGCUCAGACCGUGAGCUCUGCAGUGGACUCUCUUCAUUAUGUUAACUUGUUGAUCGUCCUGUUGGUUUGCACACAGAGUUGAUUCUCCAGAUACCUAAAAGGGGGAAGUGAGGGAGCAUUUUGUUGCUUCAGAUGAAGUCUGUGCCUACUCAGAGAGCAGGGUUAUUUGUCUGACCGGUGAGCCCUCCUGAGGCGUUCCCAUUGAUUAUCCUCCUCCCUGAUUGGAUUCUCCUUUUUUUUUUCUUUUUUUUUUAAAUGACAGAAGAGAGUGAAAAGUCUCUCAAAUAAGGAGGCGGAGUAAACGAGGGAGUGCAGAGGAACAGAUGGCAGCCUGCACCUGGAUGUUACGUUCAGUCAUGUUUUAUCCGUGAUGUAGGAAGGGUUCAGGGUCUGUGUGUGUGUGUGUGUGUGUGUGUGUGUGUGUGUGGUUGCGUGCGCGUUUUCAGCCAACUCAGGGUCAAACGGGAUCCAGUGCACAUGCUCAUGAAACACUUCUCUUCCCUCAUGCCUUUUCAUUCAUUUACCUUCCCUUCUCACCCAGGUUGUUUUGUUAUGUGGGAGGAUGAGUCUGUCAUCCUGUUGAAGUGUACUGUCUACACUCCGUUCACUCAAGCACUCCUCUGCUCUGCUCUUGAACGACUUGGCUCAAGUAUUUAAUUGGUUAACUUGUGGUUCAGUUUAAAUCUUGUAUUUGUCGACUUGUGGUUUUCCCUCCAGACUGACACUUAAUAUUACUGAGUCGUUACUUAAUGAACAAUCACAUUUUCCAUGACGUCUGGAGACUGUAAACUUUUAAAAAGUCUGUGUCUUUUGCAAAGAGACCAACACAAAGUAAAACCAUCGUAAUGAUGCAGCGUCAUUGGUGACAGAUGUUGAAACACAGGGACACAAAGCUCAGGAACUAAUACUAGUGCAUCAUAAUCAGCAAUAACAUUGGAGCUACUUUGACCCCACUUUUAUCUUUCUUUGAGCCUGAAACGGCCGAUAUGCAACACACACUGUCGUCCCCUGGAGUGUUGAUGAACUGAGAGCUCGGAUGCCAGCCUGUCCCAACGUGUGCCGGUCGCUGCCAAAUAACUUCACCCCACUCCUUUAACUCCCCCCAUCCGCCAUGAAUCUUAAACCAACUUCUUGUCCCUGAACCGUGAAUGCACUUGUGUACAUUUGAGAAUGUUUAUUUAAUGUAAUCUAAAAGAAGAAAACCACAUUUUGUCACAGGAGUUUGUUUUCCAACAAUCUUCAUUCUUGUUUUUUUUUUUUUUGUCAGUUCAUUUGAAUUUUCUCAAAUCUACGCAAAUAAUCCGAAGUGAGGUGGAGAGGUCAAGAGUUGAUUUGUGAUUCUGAGGGCAGCCCUCUUCUGCUCCCUCCCUCCUUGGACAGGGACCAAAAUCUGCCAUACUUGUCUUUGUUUGUGAAGAGGCCGCUACCAAAAGAGUAUUUUGAAUACACUGUAAAGAUGUAAAUAACCCUAGAGUACUAUUUAAAGAGAAUGUUCAGUGGAAAACGGCCUUUUUGUAAGUAUUUCCAUGAAUAAAGUUUCUAUUUUACACUGUGAAGGGCCAUGUAAAUAAAGUGUUCUGUAAACAUG